AUGCAUUCAGACGAACAAGUCGAGGGACCCUCAUCGGAAGCUGGUACCAAGGCCGAAGCGCAGCUUGACGGUCAGUACACACCUGAGGAUGCCUGUGAUGUACAGGCGCCUGAGGGUGUGCAAAAGAUCGAGGCCUUCAAGGUUGUAUGGUCGAAGUGGUCUCUCAUCAUCGCAUAUACCGGGAUUUAUGCCUUGCUAGUCUGGAUCAGCCUCCAGCAGUAUUCCAACUACAGCUUGUCUGCCUACGUCGUGAGCGACUUCGCUGCACACUCUCUCGUUUCCACAACCAGCAUGGUCUGCUUCCUCAUCGCGGGCGUGGUACAGGUGCCGAUCGCCAAGUUUCUCGAUCUCACAGGCCGCAUGGAAGGGUUCAUCCUCAUGGUUUUCUUUAUGGAGCUGGGGCUUGUCAUGCUCACAGCAUGCGAGAAUGUCGCGACGUAUACUGCUGCAAUGGUCUUCUACGAGAUCGGUUUCAGCGGCAUCGGCUAUGUGAUCACCGUCUUCAUUGUCGACACGACCCAACCAAAAAACCGCGGCUGGAUGCUCGGCGCCCAGAACCUACCAGCACUUGGUACGACAUUCGCCGGUGCACCUCUAGCACAAGCCUUCCUCGACCAUAGUACUUGGAGAUGGGCCUUUGGCACGUUUACCAUUGUGAUUCCUUUCAUCGCUGUUCCAAUCAUACUGAGCUUGUGGGCCAAUCAGCGAAAGUCUCGGAAACUCGGUGUGGUGACCAGACGCCCGGCAAGUGGGCGGACGACAUGGCAAUCCAUUAUACAUUACGGCAUAGAAUUUGAUGCCAUUGGAGUCGCCCUCUUCGGUGCCGGCGUCACCGUCUUCCUUCUCCCAUUCACUCUGGCAGCUUCUUCAUACAAGUCGUGGGGUUCUGGAAUUGAGAUCACUAUGUUUGUGGUCGGUGGUGUUCUGAUUAUCGCCUUCGUGGUGUACGAAUGGUUCUGGUCACCCAAGUCAUUCAUUGCCUUCAGCCUUCUCAAAGACCGCAAUGUGCUUGGUGCCUGCAUAUUCAACUUGGCGACAGGAAUGGCUUACUUCGUAUGGGAAUCAUACUAUACCUCUUGGCUCCAGGUCGUUGCGGGUCUCAGUAUCACGCAUGCCGGAUAUGUGGGAAGCAUAUACUGGAAUUGUGUUGGCCUUGCAGGCAUUGUUUCAGGAUUGGUUGUACGACAGACCGGUGAUUUCAAGUGGGUGGCCUUUGCCGGGACCUGUCUGAUGACCCUCGGAGUUGGGCUCCUCAUACACUUCCGCAAACUGGGGGUAGACGUCGGCUACAUCGUCAUGUGCCAACUUUUCAUCGGCUUUGGUGGUGGAAUCAUCACCAUCGCCCAAUAUCUGGCGCUUUUGGCUCCGUCCGUCGGGAAGAAGCAGAACACGCAGCGGAGUGUGGCCGUGCUACUGUCCCUGUCAUCUCUAUUCUCGAAAAUCGGUGCAGCCAUCGGCCUCUGCAUUGCAGGUGGUAUCUGGACCAACGAAUUUCUUGACUCCCUUACCAGGAGAUUGCCCGACACAUACAAGUCGCAAGCCGAGCAAAUCUAUGGAUCGCUUGUCUACCAGUUACUGGCGCUGGAGAACCCUUUGACCAAAGACGCAGUCCUCGGAGCAUACGAUGACAUGCAGCGCAAGUUGACCAUCACUGCGACAGCCUUGUAUGCCCUGGCAUUCGUGGGACUCGCGCUCUGGCAAGAUGUCAAACUCGAGGAAGUGGAAGGGGACGAGGAGAAGAAAGGAGUUGUAAUUUAG